AUGGUUCACUUAUCGAGCAUCAUGGGAAAUGGUUCACUUAUCGAGCAUCACGGGAAAUGGUCCACUUAUCGAGCAUCACGGGAAAUGGUUCACUUAUCGAGCAUCAUGGGAAAUGGUUCACUUAUCGAGCAUCACGGGAAAUGGUCCACUUAUCGAGCAUCACGGGAAAUGGUUCACUUAUCGAGCAUCAUGGGAAAUGGUUCACUUAUCGAGCAUCACGGGAAAUGGUCCACUUAUCGAGCAUCAUGGGAAAUGGUUUCACUUAUCGAGCAUCACGGGAAAUGGAGCAUCAUGGGAAAUGGUCCACUUAUCGAGCAUCACGGGAAAUGGUUCACUUAUCGAGCAUCAUGGGAAAUGUCCACUUAUCGAGCAUCACGGGAAAUGGUUCGCUUAUCGAGCAUCACAGUAAAUGCAGUGUAA